AUGAUGUGUAACUCAUAUAUAUUAAAAAAUUAUUCCAACAAACAAUACGUCAUCUCAUAAUACAGAUAUACAUCGUAUAAGCGCAUUGCAUCGUCAGCGUCACGAGAUGUUGCAAUUCUUCGAGGCAGCUGUAGAUCGAUGUAGGGGCAGUAAAUUGGAUCAGGUGAAGAGAGUAUUGCCUAACUGUAUAGUAUGAGUGCACAUCUUUCGACGUAAGUCCUGCAACACUUUCACACAUCAAGUAGAAGUGGUGAAACGGCUUUGGACAUGCGGCUCAAGUAAGAUUCGUACAUUAACGUCAGGAUGUUCAAGUUUGCAGUAGCUACCAUCAUCAUAGGUCUGGCUUUAGCACGGCCAGAACCUCCGGUAAAUUCAUAUUUACCUCCCGGUGCAAACGGUGGUCAAGGAGGUAGUUUUGGUGGGCCUUCCAGCGAAUACGGUCCACCAGGAUUUAGUGGAGGGAACGGAAGGGGAAACGGAAGAGCACCGAGUAAUAGCUACGGUGCACCAGGAUUUGGUUCAGGAGGUGGAAAUGGCGGCGCUGGUGGAGCUUCUGACAACGGGUUUGGGGGAGGUUCGGGAGGUGGAAAUGGAUUUGGCGGAGGCAACGGCAAUGGAAGGCCAUCGAGCAGUUAUGGAGCACCUGGAACUAGUGGAAAUGGAUUUGGCGGCGGAGGUUCAGGACACGGAAGACCUUCCAACGGUUAUGGGGCUCCAGGAUCUAACGGAAACGGAUUCGGUGGAGGCAAUGGCAAUGGAAGGCCAUCGAAUAGUUACGGAGCACCUGGUGGAGGCAACGGUAAUGGAAGGCCAUCGAGUAGCUAUGGAGCACCUGGAAAUGGUGGAAAUGGUGGAAAUGGAAAGCCUUCUAGUAAUUAUGGAGCUCCAGGAUCUAACGGAAACGGAUUCGGUGGAGGUAACGGUAACGGAAGACCAUCAAACAGUUACGGAACACCUGGUGGAGGCAAUGGCAAUGGAAGGCCAUCGAGUAGCUAUGGAGCACCUGGGGGUGGAAACGGCGGAGGAUUUGGAAACGGAAGUCCUUCUAACAGUUACGGAGCUCCCGCAGGUGGGAACGGAUUCGGUGGAGGACAGCCAAGUUCUUCCUAUGGUUCACCUGGAGGUUAUGGAAAUGGAGCACAGGAUGAAAAUAAUGAACCCGCCAAGUACGAGUUCUCUUAUGAAGUAAAAGACGAUCAAUCUGGAGCUGAUUUUGGUCAUAAGGAAAGCAGAGAUGGCGAUCGUGCCCAAGGCGAAUUCAACGUUUUGCUUCCUGAUGGUAGAAAGCAAAUAGUUGAAUACGAAGCGGAUCAAGAAGGCUUUAAGCCGCAAAUUAGGUACGAAGGAGAAGCAAACGCUGGAGGAUAUUCAAGCGGUGGUCCUGGCGGCAACGAUGGAUAUCCUUCUGGUGGACCUGGUGGUAAUGGUGGUAACGGCGGUUAUUCUUCCGGCGGACCUGGAGAUAAUGGAGGAAUAGGUGGAAAUGGAGGCUUUGGACGAUUCAAUGGUGGUGGAAAUGGCAAUGGAAAUGGCGGUGGAAACGGCGGUGGAAACGGCGGUAACGGUGGUUACUCAAAUGGAUUUGGUGGUGGUAAUGGUAAUGGUGGAUAUCCUUCAGGCGGCGGUGGUAAUGGUGGAUAUCCUUCUGGCGGCGGUGGUAAUGGUGGAUAUCCUUCUGGCAGCGGUGGUGAUGCUGCUGCUAAUGGUGGAUAUCAAUAUUAAACGAAUAGUUAAAUAAUCUCGUAUUACACUUAUAGGGAAAAUAAUACAAGUUUUAAGUAAAACGCGCGUUUAGUACGUAAAGUUUGUUUAAAUUUGAUACGUUAUAAGUAGGACCAAUAACGUAUGAAAUGACGUACUCUAAGACGAAUAAGAGAAAGGAAAGAGGAAGUGAAUGGAAUAGCGUAUCGGAAAGAUGAGUACAUUUUGCCCACGCGUGAUCUAAAUUCGAACAAUAAGAGAUAAUCGAACGUACGCGGCAUUGAGUAAUGAGCUGCCAUUAUGUAAUCUAAUGGAAAGGAAUCUUCUUUCAUUUAUCAGAGCAGAUAAUCUGCAGGCUCUUUAUUGAUGUCGUAUCGAUUCGUAUGUUCUAGAUUAAAAAGGCAACCUUUUACGUAAUGAACGCAGUACAUAUACAUACAGUUAACCUCGGAAUUAAUUAUUAGAGAAAGUCGAGAUUUCAUUUUCAAAUAUAAUAUAUAGGAUUUAUCGGCUUUCAAAGAUAUUAAGGACACGCUUUAGUUUAUAAAACUUAUAUGAUAAAGUAGUAUUUCAGUUUUUUAUAUACAU